GACGCGUUUAAAGGAGCACCGGGCUACGGUGCGGGAAAACCAAUGUCAAGUGCGGGGGCUGGCAGCGGGGAGCGGGGCUGGCUCCCCCCGAGGGGCCGGCCGACCCCUGCCCACCCCGCGGCGAGGCGGGCAGAGCCUUCUCCUCCCCUCCCUGCUCUUCCUCCUCCUCCUCCGCCCCCAGCUCCGCGGCCGCGGCCCUUGACGUGUCCCGGCGCCGAUUGGCCGCCGCCCGAUAGGAUCUCGGCGGCCCCCGCGUUAAGGCGGUGGAGAGCGGGACCGGGGGCGCACAGAGCGACCGCUGCUGCGACGAGGGGACACGAGCGGACACCAGGGGACCCGACGGGACCCGACCCGACGGAGCCGCCCGGCCGGCCGCGGGCCAUGGAGUACACGGCACCCCCCAAGCCGCAGCUCUCCUCGCGGGCCAACGCCUUCUCCAUUGCCGCCCUCAUGGCGAGCGGCAGCCCCAAGGAGAAGGAGCCGGCCGAGAGCACCAUCAAGCCGCUGGAGCAAUUCGUUGAGAAAUCCUCCUGUGCCCAGCCUCUGAGCGACCUGUCCAGCCUGGACCCCCACGGGGAUUUCAGCAGCAGCCCUUCGUCCCUGUGCACCGAGCCCCUCAUCCCCACCACCCCCAUCAUCCCCAGCGAGGAGAUGGCCAAAAUCUCCUGCAGCCUGGAGACCAAGGAGCUGUGGGACAAGUUCCACGAGCUGGGCACCGAGAUGAUCAUCACCAAGUCGGGGAGGAGAAUGUUUCCCACGAUUAGGGUUUCUUUCUCGGGAGUGGACCCUGAAGCCAAGUACAUUGUGCUAAUGGAUAUAGUUCCUGUGGACAACAAAAGAUAUAGAUAUGCCUACCACAGGUCUUCCUGGUUAGUGGCUGGAAAAGCUGACCCUCCGCUCCCUGCAAGGCUGUACGUUCACCCGGACUCACCGUUUACAGGCGAGCAAUUGCUGAAGCAGAUGGUAUCGUUCGAAAAAGUGAAGCUCACGAACAACGAGCUGGAUCAGCAUGGCCACAUCAUUUUAAACUCCAUGCACAAGUACCAGCCAAGGGUCCACAUCAUAAAGAAGAAAGAUCACACUGCUUCUUUGCUAAAUCUGAAAUCUGAAGAGUUCAGGACAUUUAUUUUUCCAGAGACAGUUUUUACAGCUGUCACUGCCUACCAGAAUCAAUUGAUAACCAAGUUGAAAAUUGACAGCAAUCCUUUUGCCAAAGGAUUCCGGGACUCUUCCAGACUCACUGAUAUCGAGAGAGAAAGUGUGGAGAGCCUUAUCCAAAAGCAUUCCUAUGCCCGAUCUCCCAUUCGAACCUAUGGAGGAGAAGAUGAUCUGGGAGAUGACAGUCAGGCAACACAAAGCAGAGGAUCAGCUUUUACAACAUCUGAUAACCUGUCCCUCAGUUCUUGGGUAUCCUCCUCAACCAGUUUUCCUGGAUUUCAGCAUCCACAGUCAUUGAGUGCCCUGGGUACCAGCACUGCAUCCAUAGCUACGCCCAUUCCUCAUCCAAUCCAAGGAUCUCUGCCUCCAUACAGCCGCUUGGGAAUGCCUCUUACACCCUCUGCAAUAGCGAGCUCCAUGCAAGGUAGUGGCCCCACUUUCCCUUCCUUCCACAUGCCUAGGUACCACCAUUAUUUUCAGCAGGGUCCUUAUGCAGCUAUCCAGGGACUGCGUCACUCCUCUGCAGUGAUGACACCAUUUGUAUGACUGAUGUAAGACAAGAGAAACACGAGAUUUUAAAUGUGCAAGUUUGGUAUGAAAAAAUACAAGGGACCUUCCUGAAAGGCCUGUGGCAGGAGAGUUCUGAACUUGUAACAAACCAGCUAAGAAAAUGCAUAAUGGAGAUUGAUUCCUCCCUUGAGGGAUCACAAGAAAAGAGUGUGCAGCUUGGAGCUGCUCACAGACCUAUGUGUAACACAGUUGAAAUGGAUCCCAAAGUUCCUAGGAUUUCUCGUCACCUGCAGGUUGUUCCAAAGCUGCAUUGUGCCUCAUGGAAGAAUACGUUUAUGCAGCAGUGUACAAAUUAAUUAUGUAUAGGUCUUUUUCCAUAUGCUAGAAGGAGUCUGAAAAAGGCAAUACUCUCACUCAUCUCCAUCUCUCCUUGUGACUAAUGAGCAUCUAAACAGAAAAAUGUGUCACUGUAAUUUUGAGCAUGUUUUGGGCUAUCUCAACAUACUUUUGCUGGGAAUGGGACAAAGCGGACAAGGCCACUGUCCUUUUUGAAAGUCUGUCUUAUAUUCACCAAGAGCAGUAUUUCAUAAUUGCUACUAUAACCUCAAAGAGAAAAUUAUUAACAAGUAUUUUUUUCUUUCUUUCUUUCUUUUUUUUUUUUUUUCUUCCUCUGUUUCUGUCAUAAAACAAUUAUCAAUUCCAAAAAGAACUGUGUUACAGGACUGUAGCAGUAAUGAUGUAUUCUGUCCUUCGGUCUAAAAAUAAGCUUGUCCCGUGUCCUAGGAGGAGCAAUUUAGCUGUCUAUUAAGAUAUUAUGAAGGAAAAUGUUUUUUGGAAAAUCUGUUACUUAAACUUAGAGACCCAACACAUAAAAUCUUUAAAUCAAAGCUUCUGUUUGCUGCUGUGCUUGCCACUAAAGAUCUGUGUCCAGCUGCAAAUGUGUAGCAUUAAUUUACAGAAUUUCAGGCUGGAUCAGUCUAUAUUUAGAUUCUAGAUCAACCUAUAAUCAAUAAUUUUCAUAUAAGAUGAAUGGCAUUGAAGUAUCCUUCUACAUAUUCUAAUUUUCUUGCAUUUGGUCGUGACUGUUAUUAGACAAGCUGUUUGGUCAGGUAAAUAAGGAUUGAAUUGUCUGUUUUUUCAUGUCCCAGUAGAACGGUGUGUUCUUGGAAAAUUUCAAUGUCAAAAUUUGCAUAUAUAUUUUUAUUCAUAUUUGCCUUUUUAAGCUAGCAAUUAGAGUUCUCAUUCAAAGUACUGUCGACUUUUUCUAGCACGCUGUGUCCAAUACAACUGUAGAGUCAUAGGAAAAAUUGACCUCUCUGCAGAGAGCUAACAUGAGUCUUUUGCACUGUUGAAAAAUGAACCAGUGUAUCGCUGGUUUUCUGCAUGGUGGGAACUGGGAUUUCACUGUAAAUAAGAAGUCAAUACAAAGUUUCUGUGUACAGUUGCAUCCAAGUUAUAGAUAAGACUUCCAUUGGUUUAAAACAAACAAACAAAAAAGAACUAGCAAUCCAAUCCCAUAUAUCAAAGUUCUGUGCAGAGGUGGAACACAGAUUGCAAAACAGUAUUUUUGGCACUGUUCUCCUCUGCUCUUGACCAGUGGGUGAUGGCAUCAUAUAGUAGGAAGUGGAGAGCAGUACAAUAAGCCACCUACCUCUCCUCUCAGCAAAGUGCAAGGCAAGUCAUGCUUUUGUUGUUGUUGUUAUUCCGUUGCUUCAUUUUAUAUGCCCAGUCACACCAAGCAAUGACAACCUCCCAGACUAUUCCCAGUUUCUAUUGUAGGCCGGUGCAUGCAUCUCACAGAUAAGGGCCAUCUUUAUAUAUUUCACAGUAGCUGAAUUUAAAAUCCUGCAAACUGACCUUUACAAUCACCUCAGUUAUCUGCAGUAUCAUCCUAAUUUCCCUCUACUCACUGAUGGACAUGCUGAUAAAAAAAAAAAUGACCUGGGGCAGUUUGCAGCUUUCAUGCUCUGCAUGUGAAUGAAAACAAACGUCUAUUUACAGUGUCUGGGUUCAGAGCUACCAGAAGGAGUUCCAUAAAAGCAUAUAAUGAGCAAAGCUCUGGUUUAGAAUCAGACAUGGACUAAAUUUGUCUUGAUAUGUCAAAAUAUUAAAUUUUGCUCCAGGCUAUCAGGCUCAUCUGAAAGGUGCACAUUAGGUGCACAGUUCAUACUCAUGACCUGGGUUAAUAUAAAAAUACCUUUGUUGGAAAAUUAGAUAAUACUAGAAAAAUCUAAAUGAUGUUAUAAAAGACCCACAAGAAAAUACCUCUUUGAGUACAUAUAAAAUUCCACAAUUGUGAGAAUUUCAGGGGAGAUUUGGAUGGAAAUUUUAAUACCUCUCCUCCAGUCGCUUGACUGUAUGCAGGUCCUAUGAUGAUGUUCACUAAAGCCUGUGGGGAAGUUCUAUUUCUUGUAUCUUUUUCCUUCUGCAGCUCCAUCAACUUAUCUGGGGUUGCACAGAACAUGGUUAGGUUACGAAUUUAAGCCAGUACCUUUAAUGCUGAUAUCAGAAAGUGGUCAAGUGAGCAGGCAGCUUUUGCAUGGCUCUGGAAAUGUUUGGAACAGGUAUGCUGAUUUAGGCAAGCUUUUCAAGUUACAUAAAGGCUGCUCAUAUAUUGACCUGCCCUUCCUUCAUGAAGCAGAGGUGGAGAAAAAAAAAAUACAAUCUUCAGCCCUUUUCCAGUCCUUGUUCUAAGAAUACCAAUAUUAGGCAUGCACAAAUUCCCCUGAUAAUGUAUCAUAGAAACUUCUCCAGGCUCUUCCUGAAGGAAUGAAACUGGAUGUUGACAAUGCCAUUUACCAAAAUAUCAAGUGAAAGACCAGAGCUUUCCACUACAAGUAAAAUGCAAUGCCUAUCUGAAAAAUAUGGCAGUAGACUCUCCCUAUAUAAAAACAUAAGGCCAAUGCCUCCUCAAGAUUCUUCAUGAUGAGGUUCACUUUGAAGACGAUCAAGAAAUGUUUCUGCAGAAACCUAUCUGUCAAAUCCACACCCUGAUUUUUCCAGUCAAGUCAAGGCUUAAAUGUCUCUUUCCACCUAAUUUAUUCUCCCUGUCCCUCUCACCUUCCUGUGGACAAGGGACAGCAUGAGGGUGAUUUUGAGAUAAAAUUCCUGCUUCUCUGAAGUCAGUAGUAAAUUUCUUGACUGUAAUGGAGACAGGAUUUCAUUCAACAUUCUUACCUAAAAAUAAAGUCAAACUGCCUGGACAGUAACUGUGACAGCAACACUAUAGGAACUCUGCAGAAAAAAAAAAAACUAAAAACCAGCUAUGAAUCUGCUUCAGCAUUCAUUCACAAUGAAAUAAAUAAAUAAAUAAAUUUGUAAUUAAUUGGUUAGAGAGUGAAAUUUCUUUGCCUAAAAACAAACAAACAAAAACAAACAAC